AUGUCUGAAUACGCAAGCCCAGUGGUCCUUGUUAAAAAAGGGGGUGAAUAUAGGCUAUGCAUAGAUUAUAGAGCACUGAACUCGCGUACUGUUAAGGAUCGAUAUCCACUACCUCAUAUGGAAGAUCAGGUUACUCGCUUAUCUGGAAAAUCAUUAUUUACCACACUAGAUCUUGCACAGGGCUAUUACCAAGUCAGAAUCUCUGAUGAUUCUAUUCACAAAACCGCAUUUGUUACACCCUAUGAGUUCCUGAAAAUUCCAUUUGCCCUGGCUAAUGCUCCAGCAGUAUUUUCACGUCUUAUAAUAAUUGUUUUAGGUCGGUUAGGUAAUGACGUGGCAACAUAUCUUGAUGACGUCAUGCUGCCAACGGUAUCUGUUGAUGAUGGGUUGAAGUUGCUAGAAAGUGUCUUACAACUAUUGUCGGAAGCUAAUUUAAAACUGAAUUUAAGUAAAUGUUCAUUUUUAAAGAAAAGCGCUAACUAUUUAGGGCAUGAUAUUACUGCGGGCACGAUACGACCGGGACAAGAUAAGAUUCGUUGUGUAGCUGAAUAUAAGAAUCCACGAAAUGUGCAUGAGAUCCGACAAUUUAUCGGUUUGACUUCAUACUUUAGGAAAUUCAUUCGUGGGUUUGCAGAAAUAGCUAGACCCCUCACACAACUUACUAAAAAGAACAUAGAAUGGAAUUGGGGCCCGGACCAAGAAAGUGCUUUUCAAACUCGUAAAGAACGUAUUGUGGUAAGACCGGUUUUAGGGAUAUAUGACAGACGUGCACGUACUGAGCUCCAUACAGAUGCGAGUAAGCUAGGGUUAGGUGGUAUCCUUAUGCAAUAUCAAACCGAUACUAGCCUGAAACCAAUUGCCUAUUUUAGUAGGGUCACGUCUAAGGAAGAACAAUUUUAUCAUAGCUAUGAGCUAGAGACAUUAGCCGUUGUAGAAUCCUUAAAAAAUUUUCGAAUCUACCUCGUAGGAAUUCCCGUAACUAUAGUGACAGACUGUGCGGCAUUACGAACAACUAUAGUUAAAAAAGACCUUAUUCCCCGCAUAGCCCGCCGGUGGCUUUCCAUCCAAGAUUAUGACUUGCAGAUUGAGUACCGUUCUGGUGGCCGAAUGAGGCACGUAGAUGCUUUGAGUAGAAAUCCGCCAUCGAGUACAAUUUUACUGAUAGAAGACUCUGAUUGGCUAGUGACAUUACAGUUACAGGACGAAAACAUUCAGAUGAUUUUGACUCAAUUACGAAAUGGUACAGACAAUAGAGAUAUUACUAGUAAUUAUAAAAUAAAGGAUGAUCUUCUUUAUAGGAAAACUCUAAAUUAG